UAUCAAAACAUAUCUACAACUGAUCCAUCUGCGUUUGUAUUGGGUCCAUUUUUCUAAGAUAAUCUUGUUUUUUAUUGCAAAGUUUGAGUUGAAGCAUGGCUACCACUCCAAGUUUCUUUUCUGUGCUAAUGAUACUGUUGGGUUUAUGGGAAAAUGUAAGUGCACAAUCUGGUGGGAAGUCUUUGACUCCUGAGAACUAUUGGUGGACUUGUCCAGAGGCUGAGGCCAUUGUUUUUGAUGGAGUAGCAAGAGCUGUAGCUCAAGAUCCACGCAUGGCUGCCUCUCUUCUGCGCAUGCACUUCCAUGACUGCUUUGUUCAAGGCUGCGAUGCUUCUAUUCUGCUGGAUGGAAACGCAACGUUCGGAGAGAAGACUGCAGGUCCUAAUAACAACUCCCUGCGUGGAUUUGAAGUUAUAGAUUCCAUCAAAACAGAGCUAGAGUUUGCCUGCCCUGGAAUUGUUUCAUGUGCUGACAUCCUUGCAAUUGCUGCUAGAGACUCAGUGGUUUUGACAGGAGGGCCAGCAUGGCUGGUACAGUUGGGAAGGAAGGACAGCAGAACACCAAACAGAAAGGAAGCAAAUGAGAAGUUACCUCCUCCUAACUCAGAUGUUGGCAAACUCAUUAGAAUGUUCCACGAUGUUGGUCUUACUGAAGAAGAUAUGGUAACACUAUCAGGUGCUCAUACAAUAGGCAAAGCACGGUGUUCCUCAUUCAGGGAUAGACUUCAGAGUCAGCCAGAUCCCACACUUGGAAAUCGACUGCUUACUUCAUUGAAGCAGCUCUGCGGCUUCAACAAUACCAAUCCUCUCACUAAUCUAGAUUUGAAAACACCUAUUACAUUUGACAAUGGGUACUAUAGAAACCUUCCUUCUGGGGAAGGACUUCUGCGCUCUGACCAGGUACUUUAUUCCACUGACGAGAGGACAAAGAACUUGGUUGAAUAUUACAUACACAACCCAGAGGCGUUCUUCCAUAACUUCAAGGUAUCCAUGAUAAAGAUGGGAAAUAUCAGGCCUCUUCUUGGCAAAGAUGGUGAAGUACGUCGCCAUUGCCGCUUUCCUAAUUAAUCUCAUAAGGCUGUUAUGCAUGGUAAUUGUUAUUCAUUGUGAUUUGUACUACAGAAACAGAAGUAUAAGCCUCCGGAUGUGCGGGAAAUACUAAUAUUUUUGUGUUUUGUGUGAAAAUAUAUGGAAGAAUUAAUUGGGAUAUGAAAGAUGAAUAAGGCCUACAAUUAUGUACAGGUCUUACGUUUAAGUUUGUGAUAAGGAUGUAGCAUUAGAUAUUUUUUGUAGCAUAAAUAAGUGCACGUUUUAUGUUUUUAUCAUUCUAGGGUAUGCUUUAAGAGCCACUUUUGAGUGGGUUGAUAUAAAUAAAAUAUGGUUUUCAAAUUGUA